AUGGACCGAUGGCGAGCCUGGGAAAAUGAGCUACCAAACCUGUCUGUCAUCAAACUAAAUAGAUGUUACACGCCCCCUGAUGUCAACCCAGAAACAGCCAGUCGCCAGCUUCACAUCUUCUGUGACGCGUCGGGGAGGAUCUACGGUGCAGUCGCCUACCUCCGGACGGAAGAUGAGACGCAUAUCGUACACACCAGCUUUGUAAUGGCCAGGUCCCGAGUUGCGCCAAAGAAACAGCUCUCCAUGCCCCGCCUCGAGCUCUCGGCCGCUUUGGCAGGGGCUCAAUUGUCCAGUCUCCUUCAGCAAGAGUUGACUCUACCCCUAGAAGAUAUUGUUCUCUGGAGUGAUUCUACGACAGUCCUGACAUGGCUGAAGUCGGAGUCCUGUAGGUAUAAAGUCUUUGUGGGGACCCGAGUGGCCCAGAUCCGGACCCUGACUGACGUCGACCAAUGGCGCUACGUUGACACGAAAAAUAAUGCAGCUGAUGAUCUGACAAGAGGGAAAAGUCUGCUGUCACUCAGUCAACCCUGCAGAUGGCGAGAUGGGCCACCAUUCCUAUACGCAAGCCCUGAUCUUUGGCCAGCCUUCCCACCUGCCCUAGCUGAGGAUUCCUCAGAGCUGAAGAAAUCCUCCUUCUGCGGUAUAGUGACCGUGGAACUGGCUGACAUCCCAGACCUGGGGAAGUACAAAUCUAUGGAGGCAUCUAUGGAGGCAUCUAAGCAGCUCUGUGACGGGGCGGCGAAGGAUGAUGGUCCUGUUGAACUAACAGCUGAUCAGCGAGCAGAAAUUGAGCUUCACCUAUUCCAACGAGCCCAGAAAUCCAGUUUUCCCGAAGAGUGGGGUGCCCUCAAGGAUGGUAAGGAGCUCCCUCGAGGAAGUAGACUGCUGCAGCUCUCGCCAGAGUGGGAUGCAGAUGACCAAGUCAUCAGAGUUGGGGGCCGGCUGCGUCAUGCUGAAGGAAUCCCGCUUUUCACCAAGCAUCCAAUUGUGCUCGACCCCGCACAUCAUGUAACUAAGCUCCUUAUCCAUGCACUAUGGUCCAGAAAGAUUCUGGAUUCUGCGUGGUCGACAGGCUGUCCGCAAACAUCAGCGUCAAUGUUCUGA